AUGGCCAGCUGGUUUCAGUCUAGGACGAUAGAUAAUCACCUGGAGGCUCAUACACCUCAACCCGACUAUGAGCUGGAUCAGGAGUGGCAGUGGCCCUUCUGGAAGUUUGGUUACGAUGAUCCCAACGUUCUGUUUACCACCCUGCAUGCCGAGUUCAACUCUGUAAAGUGCGCGAUCCAAGAUCCUUACGGCUGGCACCAUGACGUCUGCGAUAUUGCGAAUAUCGCGAAGGACAAGAAUGAAUUCCUGAUCCUGCUCAAGACGCGACAGAACGAGAGGUUUGAAGAAAUCCAGGACGCCUGGGAAAAGACCAAAGCACUGUUGACUGGUGAGCCGUCACAUUGGAACACAGCGCCGGAUGAGACUCUUUUAUGGAGUCUUUUUGUACGUCUUGCUCGAAAUUUUUCCUACGACUCAUUUGUCGGUUACUUCGGCUCGUAUGUCACGAAUGACCGGCCCCCGAAUCCUCCUCCACCGUCAACACCCGCCGAAAAUCGUCCAGCCAGGCAGCAGCAGCCGAAAGAAUCGCCCGGGAGAAAAACAGCAACGUCAACCCGCAUCACGAAGCGCUCAAUAUGUGAACAGCACAAGGGCCGGGAUGACGUGAAAACUCAAAGGCAAAAUCAACAACUGGAAGCACUCCUCGGUAUUGACCUGGGCGCCAAAUUGGCUGUCUCGAAAGUGAUCAACAAGAACUAG